UUGAAAGUUUUGGCGUGAAGUAUACACUGCCUAUACAGCUACUAUAUAUCAGACAUCAUCGUUAGCAACGCGUCAUAAGUUUUUCCUUAUUAGCAUCUUCACAUCUAAAGGGAAAGUUUCUACUCUUUAUUCCGUCAGAAUGCGUGAAUGUAUCUCCAUCCAUAUUGGCCAAGCCGGGGUCCAGAUCGGCAAUGCCUGUUGGGAAUUGUACUGUCUCGAGCACGGGAUCCAGCCCGACGGUCAGAUGCCAAGUGACAAGACUAUCGGAGGCGGAGAUGAUUCCUUUAAUACAUUCUUCAGUGAAACUGGAGCCGGGAAACACGUUCCCAGAGCUGUUUUUGUGGAUCUGGAACCAACGGUAGUCGAUGAGGUUCGUACUGGCACCUAUCGUCAGCUGUUCCAUCCUGAACAGCUAAUCACCGGUAAAGAGGACGCCGCCAACAACUACGCCCGUGGUCACUACACCAUCGGGAAAGAGAUCAUUGACUUGGUUCUCGACAGGAUCCGUAAACUUGCUGAUCAAUGUACUGGUCUUCAGGGCUUUUUGAUCUUCCACUCUUUCGGUGGUGGUACUGGUUCUGGAUUUGCCUCUCUUCUCAUGGAACGCCUCUCCGUCGACUACGGAAAGAAAUCUAAACUGGAAUUCGCCAUUUACCCCGCUCCACAGGUGUCUACGGCAGUCGUUGAACCAUACAAUUCCAUCCUUACCACCCAUACAACCCUAGAGCACUCUGAUUGCGCCUUCAUGGUUGAUAACGAGGCUAUCUACGACAUCUGUCGCCGUAAUUUGGACAUCGAGAGACCAACGUAUACCAAUUUAAACAGACUGAUUGGCCAGAUUGUUUCCUCAAUCACUGCCUCUCUGAGAUUUGAUGGCGCCCUCAACGUCGACUUGACUGAGUUCCAGACCAACUUGGUACCAUACCCACGUAUUCACUUCCCUCUCGCCACAUACGCCCCCGUUAUCUCCGCUGAGAAGGCAUACCAUGAACAACUGUCCGUGUCUGAAAUCACGAACGCAUGUUUCGAGCCAGCCAACCAGAUGGUAAAGUGUGAUCCUCGUCAUGGCAAGUAUAUGGCCUGUUGCAUGUUGUACAGAGGUGAUGUUGUCCCCAAAGAUGUCAAUGCCGCCAUUGCUACCAUCAAGACCAAGAGAACUAUUCAGUUUGUUGACUGGUGUCCAACUGGAUUUAAGGUCGGCAUCAACUACCAGCCACCAACUGUCGUACCGGGAGGUGAUCUUGCCAAAGUCCAGCGUGCUGUAUGCAUGUUGAGCAACACAACCGCUAUUGCCGAGGCCUGGGCUCGUCUUGACCACAAGUUUGACUUGAUGUAUGCUAAGAGAGCGUUUGUUCAUUGGUACGUUGGUGAGGGUAUGGAGGAAGGAGAGUUCUCCGAGGCUCGUGAAGAUUUGGCUGCCCUCGAGAAGGACUACGAGGAGGUCGGAGUUGACAGUGUGGAUGCGGAAGGCGAGGAAGAAGGAGAAGAAUAUUAGAAUAUUUAAAGACUUGUUCCAUCUGGAGUUUAAUCCUGUCAGGGUGAGUGGGAAAUGGAAGGAGUGGAAUAUUAAGUUCAUUGUUACAAGACAAAGACGGAAGCCAGGAGGAACAGGUUACGAUUUAAAUACUUUGGCAGUGAUAUGAACAAGGAAAGAUUUAAUUAUUAUAUGCUUAUAAACAUUUUAUGAUACACGAUUAAAAUUGUUGACAUUAACUAUUGUAUUGUGUAUAGCAAAUAUAUAUUUUUUCAUUAUAUCUAUUUUGUCUUUACACUGCUGACCGCUGAUGCUAAAUAGAUAACUGGAAACUUUUGAA